AUGGAUAAUGGUACGUUCAUAUCUGAGAAAUUGGACACUUGGAAUAAUUUGUUAGCAAAAGGUUUAAUUCCGAACAACGUGCUUUUGUCUUUGUAUAUUUUAGCAGGUCUUGUGGGAAAUUUAACUGUUAUCCUAAUUUAUGGUGUUAAAAUGAAGGACAACAAAGAAGAGAGGUAUUUUAUUCCAUAUCUUGCUACAGCGGAUCUGUGUGCCUCUUUCGUCUGUGCUUCAUAUGGAAUCGCUCUUAACUUAAUGCAAGCCAAUUUUAAUAACACAUACCUUUGUAAGACAUGGUGGUUCUUAGCAGCAUUUACAACAUUUACUUCUAUUUUGAUUCUCUUGAUAAUUGCUGUACAUAGAUACCGCAAGAUUUGUAAACCUCUUGGAAAACAAAUGACAAUGAAAUGGAAGAGAAUUGCUCUGUUUGUAGGGCUUGUAAUAGCAUUUCUUUUAGCUAUACCUACGACUCAUUUUUAUGGUUCAGUUCCAUUUUCAAAUGAUGAAGAAGGGAUCAUUGGGCUACGAUGGAGCAGAUUGAAGACCGUCAGCAAAACAGGGUCCCUGAUCUUCGGAGGCGUCCUUCUUCUAACUGCAAUUGCAAUAAUUAUUGCACUUAUUUGUCUUUAUGCCAAAAUAGGAUAUACUAUUCUCAGGCAUUUCACAUUUAUGAAUACCAUAUGCAAGAAAAAAGCCUUCUCGGACUCGGAACAACCCAAGAACAUAGAAGAAUCUCAUGCCAGUGAUGAUCCAAUUAGUUGCACAGAAAAUGAGACCUAUUCUAUUGAGACAGACAACACAAUAUUAUCCGGUGUAUGUUCUCAAACUUCCUUUGAGACAAAAGAAACGAGUUUUACAACAGAUUUCACACUUAACAGGAAAUCAAAUCCCCAUAAGUCAAGUGUAAGGCAACGGAAAGAGAAAGAUAAUCGGAGAGUUGUACACAAAUUUACCCUUAUGUUUAUGCUCAUAACCGUCAUUUUUCUAAUCUGUCAUAUCCCAAAACUUAUUAUUAUGUUAAUGGAAGCAAGAAAUCCAAACUUUUGGGAGCAAUUUUCAGAUUCUUUAAGAGCUGGUGUCUUGUUUGUGUAUCGGAUGUAUAUAAUCAACAAUAUCACAAUUCCAUUUAUUUACGCAUUCCUAGACAGUAUGUUUGCAAAAGAAAUCAAGAAAUUGUUUAAAAUUUGCCGAUGA